CAAUGCUGAAAUCAAGCUAGAGGGUUUUAAAGAUCAUGAGAGAGUGAAGUUACCCAAAUCGGAGGCCGUAGCUUUUGAAGAAAUAAUUGAUAAGGAAGAUGAAGUCAGAGACCAUGUUUCACAGGAGAAAUCUGAUACUCUCCUGUCAAAUCAGCUGGAUAAAGAUAUCAAGGUAGAUACUUCAUACAUGGAUGUUGCUGAAGAUAGCUAUAAACUUGGUGGCAAUAAUGAGGCUAUGGUUAAAGAAGUGCUUGUUGAGGGGAAAGCUGAUGUGCUUCAGGUCAAUAAGGGGUCUGGUGCAUUUUCUCCUGUUGAUGCUGAUGCAACUGAGAACGAGAAGGACCAGAAAGUCUGCUUUCUUGAAGAACAGCAGUUUUAUGAUGCUGAUGAUCUGCAUCAGACCGGUUUCUCUGGAAGCAUGAUAAAUGUUUUACCUGAUGUGAAACCUAUGUUUGAGCAUACCGAUGUUCAGACCAAAAAGUUAGAUAAUGUAGUUGGCGGUGAUAAUAUGGAUAAUCCUGAAAAGGCUGGAGCUGGAGGUGACAACAUCAGAAGAAUUAAUGAUGAAAAUUAUGAGAAAAACACUGAAACAUCAUGUGAAUCUACAUAUCAUUCUUCUUCUCUGUCCCAAACUAAUACAGCAUCCAACUUACUUGAAGUUGACAAUUCUGAUGAUAUUGGGACAAGAAAAACUGAAAAUUAUGUUACCAAUGUGGUUGGAAGUUGCAUUAGACCAGAGGAGGGUUACGUUUCAAUAAAGACCAAUUCUACAUCUGAAUCCAUUAGCACCCAUCAUCAAUCCCCCAUUGUAACAGAGGAAGUGAAUGAGACUGAAGGCCCGUGCUUGGAUGGAGUUUCAAACAGUCAAGAUGACAUAAAGGAAUCCAAAAUAAGUAGUGAUAACAAGAUACAAGGAGAGUGUGCUAGUGUAGUUCUUAUGGCUUCUGCAGUAGACAAUAGUGGAGGAAAUGAGAUUGAGAGAACUUCACAGGAUCAAUUGAAGAAAGAGUCAAUGCAUUUACCUUCAUAUACUGAGCCUACUGGUCAAAGUUCUGUUGCUGUUGAUGAUAGCCAUACCAGAGAGUCUGGAGUGGAUGCUUCUGGGGGUAGCACUGUAAUUUUGCAAGGGAAGACUGAUAAUGGCCCUGUUAAACCUCAACUUGAUUCAACUUUAGGUGAUUUUUCAAUUGAAUCAAGUAGUCAAACUGAUAGUUUGGAAGGCCACUGGGGAUCUAUUUCAGUUCUUUCAACCCAAUCAGAUAACCAAGCUGUCAUCGAAACUGAAACUUUACCAUCAACUGGUUCACAUCCAUUUUCAGAAGCAGAGAAAGCCAACAUUAAGAAGUCAAAAGUUGCAUCUGAAGAACAGCAUUCUGAUAAAUCUGAUGAAUUUGAGCCACCAUCUUUCAUGACAUUGGUUGAACCUGGAGGGGGUGACCAAAAAACUUCUGCUUCUGAAAUCCAGACGGUACAGAAUGCACAAAAUCCCAGAGCCUCACCUCUGCAAGCUGGUUGGUUUCCUUCUCUUACUCAUGUGGCAAACGAGUCUCCAGGAAGAAAGAAGAAUGAAGAGAUCAUAGCAAAGGUAACUAACUGGAACGCGAAGCAGCACACUCCUCUGAAGAACCUACUGGGGGAAGCCAAUAGUGAAACCAAACCAAAGUCCCCUCAUUCAAAAGAAAACCCAGCUGUUGUUAUUCCAAGAGAGAAGAAAGUAGCCAAAGAUGAUGGAGCCUUGGUUACCAAAGUUAGAUCAACGCAGAGCCCUGAAACACCUGUAGCUGAGCCAACCGAUAUGGAAGCAGGGAAAGAAUGGAAUUCUCCUGCAAGGUAUCCAGCUGAUAUUAAAAGAGAGAAAAGGAAAGUGAAGGGUAGGCCACUGUGGGUACAGUUUGUAUGCUGUUCAUCUGUAAAUUAGGAUUAUGAAUGCCCCAUGACUGAAUUAAGAGACAUUCUUCAGUAGGGAUGCCUUCUCUGUGCACAAUUGAACUAUUAAGUUCAGUGUUUUGCACAUUUCUUGGUUACCAGAAAAUUUUUUAAUUAAAAUGAGGAAAUUUUAAAUGAGGAAA